AUGGGGCAGGUGCAAAACACCUGCGAGAAGUUGAACGCGCGCUAUGUGGAGUACGGGGUGAACUUCGCGGAGGACAGCGAGCACCUCACUGCCUUCCUCGAAGCGCACUCCCAUCCGUCCAAGCGGGUGGUCCAGGUGGAGGGGAUGGAUGGAGACGGCAACGCCGUCAAACACACCUUCAAGCUGCACGAGCUGGAUGCGAAGAAGAAAGAGGAUCCCUCGGGUGACGUCGAGUCCUGCGUGUCCCUCGCCACCCUGUUUGCGAAGGAGGUGAUCGGCAGGCUACAGUACCGCAUGCGAAGCUUGAAGUCCCUCGUUGGGUCCAAGCUAUUUCUGCCAGACGCCUAUCCGGAUGGCGUGAACAAGCGCGACCGUCUGUGCGCGGAGUGGUUCAGCUCCCUUCGCAAGAUGUUCAACGCCGAGCAGUGCGCUCUGCCAGCUGCUUGCUGCUUGCUGCUUGGUGACCGUGCUCCUCCCUUCUCCACUCUUCCUCCUCCUCGCAUUCCUCCCCGCAUCUGCUCAGCCCCUGACUUCUACUCCUCAUGGCGACCUCCCUCGCCCUCGUUCCUUUCUCUGCCUCUUCUUCCUCCCUGGUCCUUCAGCUUGCGCCUGACGGCACCGCGGUCAACUUCCCCGCAGAGCGGCUCUGGCGCCAUGCCCGCCGCUCCACCUACUCGUACCUCUUCCCGCUCUUCUGACCCCUAUGCUGCCGGCCUUCUCGCUGCCGCCGUUGAAACUGAGAAGAUAGCUACUACAGCUCAAGCCGCUGCUGACGCUGCUCCUGACAAUGCCGCCGCCCGUGACCUGGCUCGCGCCCUUGCCGAGUCCCUUGAGAACGCCCGCAAGCGCCUUAUCGAUUACCUCGCUGCCCCCUCUCCUAUAAUCACGCACGUCACCCUUUACGGGGAGCGUCCCGCUGCCGACCAGUGGUCCUUCUCCCGUGUCUCCGCCUUCCUUCUUAAGGCUGAGGUCAACCUGCGCAGCUGUCCUCCUACCGCUGCUGCUGCUGUCACUUUCCCAUCGCGCCCCCCUCGUGCGGCCACCACCACUGCCGCUGCUGCAUCCCUGCCGAAGGAGUGGGAGCAGGUAUGGCCGAAGGAGAGGGGGCAGGUUGGGCCGAAGGAGAGGGGGCAGGUUGGGCCGAAGGAGAGGGGGCAGGUUGGGCCGAAGGAGAGGGAGCAGGUUGGGCCGACGGAGUGGGAGCAGGUAUGGCCGAAGGAGAGGGGGCAGGUUGGGCCGAAAGAGAGGGGGCAGGUUGGGCCGAAGGAGAGGGAGCAGGUUGGGCCGACGGAGUGGGAGCAGGUAUGGCCGAAGGAGAGGGGGCAGGUUGGGCCGAAGGAGAGGGGGCAGGUUGGGCCGAAGGAGAGGGGGCAAGUUGGGCCGAAGGAGAGGGGGCAGGAGUAUAAGCGCCAUGGAAAGCGGACGACGGAUGAAGAGGAGGAUCGCGAUGCAGAGGCAUUUGCAAGACAAGCAGGGAGACGUGUGGACGUGACGCGCACGAUGCUGUCAGCGCUAGUAGCGAGGAUUCGUCGCAAUUUUUGGAUAGUGGUUGAGCGGGAGGAGAAGGAGAUUCUGGAAUUCGAGGCUGAGGAGGUUGAGAUGUUCGUCGAGAGACUUGUUGACGCGCACAAGCAGCUCACGCAGUGGAUGUUGUCAGGGUACGAGAGACAUGGCGAGAGGGAAAUGGGCGAGAGACUGGAACUGAUGCUGGACGAGAUAAAAGCGGGCGAGAAAACGUAUGAGAGAGCCCGCGAGAUGCUUGAAGCGGACGAGUUUGCCGUGUCGACGGAAUUCAGUAUCGUGGUGCAGCGGGCGAUGAACACGCUUGGAGAGAUGGUGGCGAGGCUGAAGGUGGAGUUGCGGGACGCUUUGCAAGAACGGGUGAAGUCAAGGCAGAAGGGUAAGGCAAAGGUGAAGGAGGCAUUGAAAGCGACGGGGAAGGCUUCACCAGCCGCUAGGGUUUACCAGAAGCGGACGGGGACGGCGGUGGCAAAGGUGAUGCCGCUAGGGAAGGUGGCCCAGAAGGCAAAGGAGAAGGGGAAGAAGAGGCAGAUGGAUGAGGGGAAGGAGAGGCGGAUGGAUGAGGGGAAGAGGAAGCGGGUGGAUGAGGGGAAGGAGAGGCAGAUGGAUGAGGGGAAGGAGAGGCGGGUGGAUGAGGGGAAGGAGAGGCGGGUGGAUGAGGGGAAGGAGAGGAGGAUGGAUGAGGGGAAGAGGAAGCGGGUGGAUGAGGGGAAGGAGAGGCAGGUGGAUGAGGGGAAGGAGAGGCGGGUGGAUGAGGGGAAGGAGAGGAGGAUGGAUGAGGGGAAGAGGAAGCGGGUGGAUGAGGGGAAGGAGAGGCAGAUGGAUGAGGGGAAGGAGAGGCGGGUGGAUGAGGGGAAGGAGAGGCGGGUGGAUGAGGGGAAGGAGAGGAGGAUGGAUGAGGGGAAGAGGAAGCGGGUGGAUGAGGGGAAGGAGAGGCAGAUGGAUGAGGGGAAGGAGAGGCGGGUGGAUGAGGGGAAGGAGAGGCGGGUGGAUGAGGGGAAGGAGAGGCGGGUGGAUGAGGGGAAGGAGAGGCGGGUGGAUGAGGGGAAGGAGAGGCAGGUGGAUGAGGGGAAGGAGAGGCAGAUGGAUGAGGGGAAGGUGGAUGAGGGGAAGGUGGAUGAGGGGAAGGUGGAUGAGGGGAAGGUGGAUGAGGGGAAGGUGGAUGAGGGGAAGGUUGAUGAGGGGAAGGUGGAUGAGGGGAAGGUGGAUGAGGGGAAGGUGGAUGAGGGGAAGGUGGAUGAGGGGAAGGUGGAUGAGGGGAAGGUGGAUGAGGGGAAGGUGGAUGAGGGGAAGGUGGAUGAGGGGAAGGUGGAUGAGGGGAAGGUGGAUGAGGGGAAGGUGGAUGAGGGGAAGGUGGAUGAGGGGAAGGAUAAGCGCCAGGGAAAGCGGACGACGGAUGAAGAGGAGGAUCGCGAGCAGGGUGGUGCUCUCGCGGAGGCAAGGGGCUCUGGGGUGGCCUAG